AUGGCAUUUCCCUUUCUUCGGUCGCGAUCAAGAUAUCGGCUGUACAUCCUGCUGGCAGUGUUUGUGUUCCUGACGUACUACUACUGGCCAGUCAACCAGAUAGAACAGUUGUCCGAUUCGGUGCACAGAUCGACUGUUCAAAGUAGCGGUGGGGACGCUUCAAAGGAUCCCGGGCAGCUGGCAGAAGAAGAGGAUACUCGAAUUUAUCGCAUCAGUACGGAGCCCUUACGCGUUAACUUCAACCCUGACACGAACGAGUUGGAGGUCCCAAAAAUCAUAGAAAUCGAUUCGGUGAACGAGGCAUUGAGCUCCUUGAACUUGAAACCAUUACGGGAGAAUAGUGAUCCCCAGAAGCCUUCGCAGUCUCUGGACAAAGUGAAUUUGCUGAGCGAAUUUAUUACCAGCAGGGAUUACAAGCCUCUUCAGUCAGUGAAGGGUUUUAUUGGCAACAUCGAUGUGCCGUCCACCUCUAACUAUUACGAUCUUUCAUGCUCGGAUAUUAUUUACAAGCCUGAAGAAAACCGGAACAUCGAAUAUGCGGAGCCUAUACUCUUGACAGACGACCUAGCUAGCGCUCGUGAAUCUCUGCUGUCAACAGAAUACAAAAAUCUGAUCACCAUGGGUGACAAAGUUGGCAGCCGUGUGGCCGAAAAUUGGCGUCAAUUUUCCGGAGCAUCUGUGUGGCUUCCUGACGAGGAGUGCCACCUGAUGGCUAGCCGUAUAAUAUACGCACCAAACACCAAAAGUAAUCCCGUGGCUUCGUUUAUCAGGCUUCAACUAUUUGAUGCCAACUGGAGAGAGAUCACAGGUAGACGGAUCAGAUACAGCGAUAUCACGAAACAGGAGAUCGAUAACGUUUUGAGAGACUACAACGAGGCGCAGGACGACUCCUUGCUGGACAAGAUCUCGAUCAAGUUUCCUACCGUUCUCGAUAUUCCGUUUGAUCCAAAAGUGAACGCAAAAGAACUACUUGGUCCCGAAGACCCACGCAUUCUGUUCAAAGACGGAGAGUAUGUUCAGGAGCCGGUCAUCUUCUUCAAUAUGCUGGACAACGGCAAACGUACUAUGCAUGCAGUUUUCCCGCUGAGAAAGCCCAAUCCAAAGACUCAAAAACGCGAUCUUGUGAACUUCAAGAUAUCGGGAAUUGCUGCAUCCAGAACACUUUCCACGGAGAAAAAUUGGGCCCCCUUUUUUGACUCAAUCCGGAUUGGAGAUUCAUCGAGGACUAAAGGCUACGUUCAGUUCCUUUACACGGUCGAUCCUCUGGUUGUGUUCCGUUGUAGCCUGGACAAUGGUAAGUGCGAGAAAUUGCAAGACAACAUUUACUACUCUUCCUUUGCUGGAAAUGCGUUGGGAUUCAUUCGUGGCGGUACAGAGCUAGUCCCCGUGCCAAGACAGAUCUUACAGAAACAGAGCACCGGCAGCACAGAAAGCAGGCUACAGAUGUGGGUCGGUUUUGUCAAGACUCAUAUUGACAACUGUGGAUGCGGAGAUACCACUUAUAGACCAAGCCUUAUGGUGCUGACCAAGGACGACGGCGUUUUCCGCGUUGAUCUGAUGACAGAUAGCAUUGACUUUGACAUAGAUGUCUUAGCAUGGGAUGAGAGGGACUCCAGAUGCGGAAGCGGGCCGAAUGUCCUUACGCCAAAUGGCAUCUCGUUCUGGAACAUCAAACAUCCGGAGGAUAGCUCGGGAGAUUCAGACGGCGUGCCGCAAGGACUAUACAAAGACUAUAUGGGUCUUACGAUUAGCGAGUCUGACGCGAACAUCAAGAUCGUAUUUUUGCGCAACGUGUUGAAUUACAUCCUCGGAAUACAUGGCAUUGGCAAGCACAAUCUCGGAGAGUAUGAGCUCAAUGAAGGGGUUUCGGAACGCACAAAAAAAGUGAGCGACUGUAUGCUUGAGGCCUCGUACAGCUACUGCAAGGCCUAUGCCAGAAAAAAGUCUGCCGGUAAAGACAUGGGCAGUAAUAUAUAA